GUUGUAGUGACCAUCUGGUAUCGUGCACCAGAGUUACUUCUUGGGGCAAAACACUACACAAGUGCAGUUGAUAUGUGGGCUGUUGGCUGUAUAUUUGCCGAGCUUCUUACUCUAAAGCCACUAUUUCAAGGGCAAGAAGUGAAAGGAACACCAAACCCGUUCCAGCUUGACCAACUUGACAAGAUAUUUAAGGUUCUCGGUCAUCCCACACCAGAAAAGUGGCCAACGCUGGUAAACCUUCCACAUUGGCAAUCUGACGUGCAGCGUAUUCAAGGACAUAAGUAUGACAAUCCUGCACUUUAUAGUGUUUUGCACCUGCCUCCCAAAAGUCCUGCAUAUGACCUCCUUUCUAAGAUGCUUGAAUAUGAUCCUCGCAAAAGGAUAACAGCAACGCAAGCUCUCGAGCAUGAGUACUUUCGGAUGGAACCUCUACCUGGCCGCAAUGCACUUGUACCACCACAGCCUGGAGAAAAAAUUGUGAACUAUCCAACUCGACCUGUGGACACGACUACAGACUUUGAAGGAACAAUUAGUCUUCAACCUUCUCAGCCUGUAUCAUCAGGAAAUGCAGCAUCUGGUGGCAUGCAAGGUCCCCAUGUAAUGCCAAAUAGAACUGUGCCCCGACCGAUGCCAAUGGUCAACAUGCAAAGGAUGCAACCUCAGGCCAUGUCUGCUUAUAAUCUUGCUUCUCAAGCUGGCAUGGGUGCUGGAAUGAACCCGGGAAACAUGCCCAUGCAGCGUGGUGUUGCUGCCCAGGCACAUCAGCAGCAGAUGAGAAGGAAAGAUCCAGGAAUGGGAAUGCCUGGAUACCCUCCACAACAGAAAUCUAGACGUUUCUGAAAGUCUUUUUCAGCGACAAUCAUACACGUACACAACUCUGGCAGAUGGGUUCAGGAAGAUUAUGUUUCUUCAGUCUGACCAUGGAUGGGCAAGUUUUCCCACAUUUAUGAAGCAGAAGAGAGUCAAUUGGCACAAUUGUUAUGUCAGGUUGCGGAUGGGACUCUCUUAUGGAUCAGAUAUUGCUCCAUAUCAGCUUUCACUAACGACAUCAGUGUUGGUCUGCUCUGCCAUGGCCGCUGCUUAAUCUAUAUGAACUGCAUGCAUAACCCGUCUAUACAUUUGUAUAUAUGUAUAUGUGUACAACAACCAAUUAUCAAUGUAUCAGGCAAGUCAUUUUAUUGUCUUCUUCUAACCUGAAUCAUAUGUAGCAGAUAGUGUUGGGUAAAAUAUGAAUAGUGUAUAGCGUGUUUACGUAAGAACAUGAAUUUUCACAUUUA